AAUCAUGUUAACAUGGUACAGUUGAAAAAUACUGCACCCUAUGUCCAUAUAAUACUGAGUCCUCUUCUUCUCCUACUGAAAUUUAACAAACAUUGUAUGUAACUCUGUUCACCUUACUUCAACAUGGCUGAUUUACAAAGUUAUGUAGUAAUGUUCUUCAUUUGGCUAAUUCCCACUAUUAUAAUUAGAGCAAUAUUGAAAAAUCGAACCAACUCUGUCCUUCCACCUGGACCGCUUAGGCUUCCUAUCAUCGGUCACCUGCACCUUCUUGCCCCUAAACCACAUCAGGCUCUUCACAAGCUCUCAAUCCGGUAUGGACCAUUGUUCCAUAUUUUCCUCGGCUCGUACCCUUGUGUGAUCAUAUCUUCCCCUGAAAUGGCAAGAGAGGUUCUCAAGAUGCAGGAAGCGUGUUGGUUGGAUCGACCUCAGACAGUGGCCACAGAGUACCUGGGCUAUGGUUCACAAAAUCUUAUGUUUUCUCCAUAUGGGCCAUACUGGAAGUUUCUAAAAAAAUUGAUCAUGUCUCAGCUUCUCGGUGGUCGAACUCUUGAUCUUCUUCAAACUGUUAGACGCUUUGAGAUUCAGAGUAUGAUCAAUGUAAUGUGGAAAAAGUCCUUAGCUGGAGAGGCGGUUGAGGUUGGAGUGGAACUUACAAGGCUCACCAACAAUGCGAUUUCAAGCAUGCUUAUGAAGAAGAGGUGUUCAGAGAAUGAGGAUGAAGCUGGAGAAAUUAGAAACUCAAUUAAAGAGCUCUUGGAAAUUUCAGGGAUGUUUAAUCUUUCUGACUAUAUAUGGUUUUGCAAAAAUUUGGAUUUGCAGGGAAUCAAGAAGAGGCUAGUGGAUGUCCGAGGAAAGUAUGACCGAAUGAUGGAGAAGAUUAUAGAGGAGCACAGACAAGUAAGGAUGAUGAGAAAGGAGAGCGGUGGUGGUGGCGAUGCCCAGGACUUCCUUGACAUCUUACUUGAUAUGUACGAGGAUGAAAGCAUGGAGAUCAAAUUGAGCAUGGAUCACGUCAAGGCAAUUGUACUGGAUAUGUUUAGUGCUGGUACAGAUACAUCUGCAAACGUGACAGAAUGGGCACUUGCGGAGCUAAUCAACCAUCCAGCCAUUAUGGAGAAAGCAAGACACGAGAUAGACACUGUGGUUGGAAAGAGCAGAUUAGUCGAAGAAUUGGACAUUGUGAACCUCCCAUAUCUUCAAGCAAUUGUAAAGGAAACUCUCAGACUUCAUCCAACCGGUCCACUAAUACCACGAGAAGCAAGUGUGGGUUGCACCAUUGCAAACUACCACAUUCCAGCAAAGACUAGACUGCUUGUGAAUGUCUGGGCUCUUGGCCGAGACCCAAACCACUGGGAAAAGGCCCUUGAAUUCCAACCAGAACGGUUCUUGGCCAGCGAAACAAGUCAGUUGGAUGUUAGAGGGCAACAUUUUCAUCUGUUGCCAUUUGGAAGCGGACUAAGAGGAUGUCCAGGGACUUCAAUGGCAAUGAAGAUUGUCCAAACUACCAUCGCCGCGAUGAUACAAUGCUUUGAAUGGAAUGUGGUUGGAGGUGAAGGGGAUAAUAGUAGUACAACUGUGGAUAUGGAAGAAGGAAAGGCUGUAACACUUGGCAGAGCUCAGCCUUUGGUUUGUGUUCCAGUUGCUAGGCUCAAUCCAUUUCCUUCUUCCAUCUAAUGAUAUAUCCGUCGUAAAUAGCCCUGUUUGUUGUAGUGAACUUAGACUGCACCAUUCAGUUGGCUUUGUUCAUUCAGUCCUCAGUUGAGUUACAGAUUGACUGGGCAAAUGUGAUACAGACAGUGUAUUUCAGAAACAGUUCGGAAAUAAUAAACACUGUGAACUUAGAAUGAUUC